UCCGAGCGAGACGGCGCGAUUUGGCCACGCGAGCGGAGGCCGCGGAGCCCUCGCGCGAAGGGACACAGGACAGACGCUCUCGGACACCGGGCGAGAGCGGGCGGCCGGCCGCGCACCUGCUACACGCGCGCGACCUGCUCGAACGCGACUAACACUAGUCGACAUCGUAAACAUUGCGUUAUAUUAUUACGAAAAUUCAUCUAACUGUUUUAUUUUACGGAAAAUAUUCUCAAUAAUAAAUAAACAAUAUUACCAUUCAAAAACAUUUUUUUUUGAUAAAAUUACAAAACGGACAGUGACUGAAAAUUUGGUUCGCGCGGACACUAGUGAAGAAGUUUACACAGAUGUUUGUAAAUGGAGUGUGACCGGACGAGUGGUUUGCCGAAUCGCCGGAUCGCCACUAGGUGCGGAUAGAUUAGAUAGGGCACUGAGACGCUCAUUCAAGUGUUGAUAAGACCCUCUUUAUGACCAGUCGAUUUUGGUGAGCAAACAUUCAGCUGACGUGUGGACUGACUCACGACAAUAUGAAAAGGAAAAAGUAAGAUUCCACACUGGAGACUAGUCCGUGUCGAACAUGAAGAAAUCGAGAAGAUGACUAGAAACCGCGCCGAGUUGUUCCGUCGGACUUUUGUGGGGGGAUUUGUGAUAAGUCGAGGCGUGUUAUCAAAAACGUUUUAGAAACAGGACGAUAAGCCGCUGGACCGACGGCGGCACGUGUGAAGUGAGCUAACGAACUGUCGUCAGAUAGCGACAUAUCUAGAUAAAUAUUUCUGAACGCGAAAGUAGUUGUUGAACAUCUAAAAAUAGGUGAUCAAAUCAAGAUGAGAAUCAAAAUGCCAGCUGUACGCAUCGCGCAAGCGGAUGCGGACAGCGCGGCAGAGGGGGGCGGGUCCCCGACUCCUGGCGUGCCGGCAGACACCCUGACCUGCGGAGCUUGCAGGAGAGCAUUCGCCCUUGCAGACAUAGUCAGAUUCAUCCAGCACAAGGUCUCCUCUUGUGACAAGGAACUGACUUCGUACCACUGUUACAGUGCUGGUCCAAACUCUGACCAAGAAGAUGGCUCGAGGCCUGGUCAGGUGUCGACUGCUAACUCGAGUGGUCGGAGGCCGUCACUCCUCACUGCCAGGAGACCUCCCAGCAGUAGGGUCCACACUCCGCCACUCGCGAGCCCUUCGAUAGCGCCACCUGAUCUUCUAGAAGAUGGCGGCGCGUCAAGCACGCCUAAGAGGCUUUUAGACGGAGCCGACGCGGAAACGUCAACGCCCAAGAGGAGGGCAUCCACGUCCCCAAUGCCAUCAAGCUCGCCUGACGUGGACAUCAAGCCUAAAAUCAAGCAAGAGCACAUGGACACGUCAGCAUCACCUGAAGAUCAAAAGAAAUCAAGGACAGAAGUUGCCGACGCCGAGUCUAAUACAAUGCAUAGUGAGCCUAGUAACUACGUGUGUUCUACGUGCAAAGCGCGCGUGCACUCGGCAUGGAGGCUCCUGCAACACGUCCAACACGUGCACGGAGUGAAGAUCUACGUGGAGACAUUGCCGCAGCAGAUGCCCAGCAAACAAAACCACUCCUCAUCGAGUACUUCUUCGUCCAGCUCCGGUUGCUCCUCUACCGGGGCACCUCUCCCACCUCCCACAUUACGUCACCAUCCAUUACUACCUCCUCCAGAUAUGCAUUCCCCUUUUGGAGUUGGUGGGCUGCUUAGAAUGCCACUGCCGGGCAGCCUGCCACCUCUAGCGCAUCCGUCAGUCCCUCCCGCGCCAUUGUUCGCGAGACCAAACCAUCACGACCACAGAUUCAGGAUGGAGCAGCUCGUGUCCGAGCAGUUCCGUCACCACGGACUGAACCUCGCUGCAGCGGCAGCAGCGGUGGCGGCUAACUCACUGCCACCACAUCAGGCGUUUCCUUCGCCGGCUGAUAGACCGCCGGUGAUACCAACGUCUGUGUCGGGCCGAGAACGGCCCCCACCAGUAUCUCAACCUCUCUCAUUAGAACCCCAGCUGGAUUUUUACUCGCAGCGCUUGCGGCAACUGGCCGGUACGACCAGUCCAGGGGCGGCCACAGGCAAUUCGAGCUCUCCUAGCCCCAGGAAGCAUUCUCCUCCGUUCGCUUCCCCGUCGCCCUCCCGAGUCGGUCAGACUCCACCGGCGGGCGCCGGACCCGGAACGGUGGACACGCCCCGUGAAGCGACGAGGCCGCACAGCUCGACGUCACCUGAGCGGCGCACGGAGCCCAUGGCAGCAGACGCGCCACCGCCCGAGCGCCCGUCGUCGACGCCACCCGUCAAGCGCAAUACCGAUGAAGCCGUUCACUCGUGUGAAUUUUGUGGAAAGAAGUUUAGAUUUGAAAAUAAUUUGAUUGUUCACCGUCGAUCACAUACCGGUGAGAAACCUUUCAAAUGUAGCGAAUGUGACGAGGCUUUUGAAAAAGCGUCAAAAUUAAAGAAACACAUGAAAGUACACCGAGGAUCUGACGGCAAUGCUGAAGAAGGCGAAUCAGGCGGUGACACCGCUGAGGAUGAUUCUGACGAUGAGCUGGAAGACGAGGAGUUGGAUGGUGAAGAUGAAGAUGAUAACGAGGAUGGGGAGGAUGUCGAAGAAGCUGAGGAUCUAACCGUGUCCAACAGCAGCGCUCCGUCGGUGCCGCCGAGGAAACAGACGCCGGCAUUACCGUCUCAUCCCCCCUCUGCCUCUGUUGUUGGCGAAUUGAUGGACAAAUUCGGACUAUCCAAUAUUGCUCAAUAUAGUGAAGCUUUCAAACAAGCGCUUCAAGAAUCGGGCAAUUCAUUAAAAUGGCAACUGGCUAAAGACAGAGACAACAAUAAUGGUCCACCAAGCGAUAAACCCAAUGGCAUGCCUCCUACAGCUGCGCUACGCCUAAAGGAGGAGUUUGCAAAGAUGCCACCACAACCUCAUCCUCUUUUCAAUCCUUUUGAGAACCCUUUUGAAGCAUCAAAACGUAUGAAGCUGGACAUGGAAAGGGGUGACGGCUGGUGGUUACCUACACUACACGCUCAGAGACCGCCAGAAAACAUAUUCGACGGUCUCAAAAAUAGCGGAAAUGGAUUAUUACAAAACCCUUUACUAAAAUCCAAGGACGGCCGGCGGAACGACACGUGCGAGUUCUGUGGGAAAGUAUUCAAAAACUGCUCCAACUUGACCGUCCAUCGACGCUCACACACCGGCGAGAAACCGUACAAAUGUGAGUUAUGCUCGUACGCAUGCGCGCAGAGCUCAAAACUCACCAGGCACAUGAAGACACACGGCCGACUAGGUAAGGACGUGUACCGGUGCCGCUUCUGCGAAAUGCCCUUCUCCGUUCCAUCGACCCUCGAGAAGCAUAUGCGUAAAUGUGUUGUGAAUCAAAGUAACGGUGCUCCUCUGGCGCUAUCUGAUGACUCGAACGCGUGCCGUGACGAGGCGUCGUGACUCUACCCGUGGGGUGGGCUUCGCCUGCCACCGCCCGCGCCGCCCAGCCAAAUCUUCUAAGCUCCACGUUCCGUCUAAACGCAUUUCAUGCGUCGAGCGGACUCAGGUUUUCAUUUCUAGUCUUAAGAAUUGAAUUUGCCGAUUAUUGCAAUAGCCCGAGGGCACCGAAGGGCAUUAAUAGUAACUUGUAAUUAAGUGACAUAUUUCUCGAGUGGUGAGUGUGACCCAGUGCUUACGUUACGUUGUUGUUAUAAUAGUUUUCGUGGAUUUUGUUCUCGGAUGUUUUGUACGUUGCGAAUUCGAUCUUGUUUUGACAUGUUUUUUAUUUAUGUAAAGUGGAAAAUGUGAAAACCAAUGCCAAAGUUAGCUAUGUUGAUUUAUCGGUUUAGUUGUUAAGGUUGUAUGUAUAGCGUCAAUUAAAUAGGAACUUUCGCAGUAUUUCUAGGAUCUUCAUAGUUCUAUGUAGUAUGUGUUUCAUAUAAGUUGUUUCGUAAUUUUAGUGUGUAAUAUAUAAGAGAAAAUGUUUCCUAUCCUAGAUAAACUUGUGUAUAUAGCUCGAUGUAAGUGUAACUGUAUAUUGGUACCUAUAUCAUUGUUCAUAUUAUAGGUGGAUGUCGCGUAUAAUAUAAAAAACAAAAUAUGGUAAAAUACGGUGAGUUUCCUGUAAUCGAUAAUUAUUUAAGCGUUGUAGGAACAGAUCGGUAUCACGUAGGAGUAGGCGAGGUAUAAGUAAUUAAAUUAUUAAAAUUAUUCUCAAUCGGUGUUUCUGACGCUUUCAUUUGUGAACGUGAAUUAUUUUAAGACUGAAUAAAAAUUCCAGUUUUCGUUAUGUAUCGUGAUCUUCGAUGAAGUCUAAAUUAGUCCACGCGUGAAAACUUUCAGUAUACGUACUUAAUGUAAAUUAAUAAAUAGAAUUUAUAUUAGAUAAUUGUAAGUAAAUUAUAAUAGAAUUGUUCUGUCGUCCGUACGUCCCUUUGCUCUGUUUUAGGACUUCUUCAAACGUUGUAUUAAAAUUAUGUUGCUCUUUUACUUCGUUUGGACGAGGCCUAAUUUUCGUUUAUAAUUGUUUAAAAAUAUUUUUUCAAGUCAGUCAGUUUUCAAUGACUGUUUGAUAUAAAAUAUUUUUACUUAUUGAAAAAUUAGUUACGAUAUAGUUGGGAAAAUUACUAUUUAUGUAGUUCUAAAUUACUUUUUCGAAUGACAAACGUAGUAUAUUUUUGUUUUUAAUAAAUUUCUCCCAACUAUGUUACAAUAAAACGAAUUUAAUAAGCAUCUGUACCUUUUACAUACAAAUGGAAUAAUAGACGACUAAUGGACGCAACAUAGAGCAAAAUAAAAAACUAAGACAAAUUUUAUUGUGUAACUAAACGUGAAAAGAUGAACUGUUUUUAUUAUUUUUCAUUUUUAUUAUUUUUAUUUCAAUAAAUAUCCACGAUUUGUUAAUCAUA